AUGACAGUCCAGACGUACAACCUCUGGGUCGGCGGCCAGGAGAAACCGGGACAUGCAGAACAGAUUCCGGUUGAGGACCCCGCGACGGGUGACAUCUUUGCCCACUGUCACGCAGCAUCCCUCCAAGACGUUGACGAGGCCAUCCGUCUUGCGCACGAGACCUUCAAGGCCGGGACGUGGUCCAAACUGCCCCGUCAUGCUCGCGCCCAUGUCCUCGACAAGGCGGCGGAGCUUCUCACCGCGGAGCUGGCCUCGCUGAUCCCCCUCGAGGUGCGCCAGACCGGACGCGCGAUACGCGAGAUGCGCGCCCAGGUGCCCACGCUGGUCAAGUGGUUCAAGUACUACGCCGCCCUGCUGCGCACCGAGGAGCGUGCCGUGCUGCCGACCGUGGGCAAGCUGCACAACUGGAUCGACCGUGUGCCCCUUGGUGUCGUCGUGCAGAUCACCCCCUUCAACCACCCGCUGCUCAUCGCCGUCAAGAAGGUGGCCCCCGCGCUGGCGGCCGGCAACAGCGUCGUGGUGAAGCCCAGCGAGCUGACGCCCCUCACGACCCUGCUGCUCGGCGGCAUCCUGAAGCGGGCGGGCGUGCCCGACGGCGCCUUCAGCGUCCUCCCGGGCUACGGUGCGACGACGGGCAGGUCCCUCGUCGAGCACCCGCUCGUCCGCAAGGUCGACGUCACGGGCGGCACAGCGGCGGGCAGGGCGAUUGGGUCCAUCGUCGGCGGCAACCUGGCGCGCUACACGGCGGAGCUGGGGGGCAAGGCGCCGCUGGUGGUGUUUGAGCAGGCCGACAUGGACGUUGCCGUCAAUGGCAUCGCAUUCGGAUCCUUCAUCGCCAGCGGCCAGACGUGCGUCGCCAGCACGAGGAUCCUCGUCCAGGACACGAUCCUGCAGCCCGUGCUGGAGAAGCUCAGGGCCAAGGCCGAGUCCAUCGCGCGACGGAUGGGGUCCCCGAGCAACGGGGAGUCCAUGAUGGGACCCCUGGUCUCGGCUAAGCAGUUACAGAAUGUGGAGGCGCUCGUCAACGAGGCGCUUGCCGCAGAGGGCUCAGCCUUCGCGGGCGGCCGUCGCAUGUCUGGGACGAGCAGCAUCGACGGCACCGACUUCUCCAGGGGCUACUUCUUCGAGCCGACGGUGCUGGUGUCGAGUGCCGAGGGCGACAUCCUCAAGACGCGCAUCUGGCGCGAGGAGGCGUUUGGGCCGGUGGUGGUGGUGGCGCCCUUCAAGACAGAGGCGGAGGCCAUCGCGCUCGCCAACGACAGCGAAUUCGGGCUGGGGGCGGGCAUCUGGACGCGCGACGUGGCGCAGGCGUUUCGAGUGUCGGAGCAGAUUGACGCGGGCAUCGUGUGGGUGAACACGCACCAUCGAAACGACCCCAGCAGUCCGUGGGGUGGCGCGAAGAGCGCGAGCGGCGUCGGCAGCGAGAACGGCAUCGAUGCGUACCACGCGUACACGACGACGAAGAGCACCAUCAUCAGCUACGCGAGCCCCGAGGAAGCGCUGGCGGCGGAUGACUGGUUCCGCGAGGGCGCUGGGGAUGUGCGAUACGGCUAG